UGCUCUCGCUGUCUCUCAGUAAUCUGCCAGAUUCUGGACUUCGACCUUCCCCUUCCGUCAGAAUCUUAAUCUGUCCCGCCAGCCGCUCUGCAUGACCCGCAGCAGCGGGCUGCGCCAGCCAGCUGUUGGAUUACCGCCACGGCGCUAUCUCAUCGGGGAAGGCGUGUCAGUCCCAGGGUUCCUCAGCGCCCCCUUUGUCCUCGAUCGCUGCCCAGCCAGCGACACUCAUGGCGGCUGCACCCGUCAGGCAGCGCUCCGGAUCGGCGGGACACCGGGCGCAGCUCCCGCCCUGCUACUACGAGGGAUACCUGGAGAAGCGCGGGCCGAAGGAGAAGGCGUCCAGGCGGCUGUGGACCUGUCUGUGUGGAAACUCGCUGUAUUUCUUCAAUAAUGCAAAGGACACAAAUUACGUGGAGAAGCUGGAUCUCUGCGGGUUCGUGUCCCUGAAGGAUGACUGCAGUCGGGACAGAAACCUGGAGGCAGCCAGACUCAUCCUCCGCAUGAAAGAUGGAGAGACCAAACUCACAGCGCCUAACCUUGAAUCACGGGAGCUGUGGAAAGGUUUCCUCUACUCUGUUAUUGAUCUGAAUGUACCGUCCUGCCUCACAUUGCUGCCCGGGCAGCUACAGAUGUUAAAAGAAGUGGUGGACAAAGAAAGGUCAAGACGGAGAAGUCGGAAUCCAGCUCGAGCCCCUCCUUCACCUCUCUCUGUCCCCUUAGUGGGAGAAAUCCCACCGUGUUUCCGUCCCGUGUCUCGAACCGAGGCCGAAGUCCUGCUGGAGAGACACCCAGACUGUGGAAACAUGCUGCUCCGCCCGGGCAGGGACGGAUGCUCGCUGGCGGUCACGACCCGACAGGACCUCAACGGGUCAGUGUUCAGACAUUACAGAGUCACUCAGAGGGAUCAAGGUGGUUACGUCAUUGACGUGGAAAAUCCUAUUCCUUGUGCAACGCUAUAUGAGGUGAUUGACGCACUGGUGGAAAAGACAGCCGGCACCCUGCAGCCCUUCUUACUGGAAGAACCCUAUGAAGAAAAUAUCACAUAUGUUUCUGCGAAUGACGAAAACGGAGAAAGGAUCCUCCAUACUGCUCCGUCCAGCCCGCUGCCAAAAGCCCCCGCUUUACCUCCAAAACAAGAUCGCUGGUCCACCAGCCCUCUGUCCAGGUCUCCUGCUCCAGAUCGUCGUAUUCUGACCUCGCCGGUGCCGGCCUCGCCCACCAACCCAAUGAGACGACUCAUUCUCUCCCCUUCUCCUCUCGCACAGACGCUCAAUGAAGAACUCAAACUCAAACUGGAAAAGAGACGAGCCAGCCAGGAGUGACUUUGUGCGUUCUCAAUCGACCGUGCCAAACCUUUCCUCACUGCAGCUAUGUACUUAUCCUGUGCCUUGUAGGUGGAAGACAAGGAACAACAAAACCACCAGUGUCUCCGAAGGAACUAAAAACUGGUCUGAGUUCAUUCUUUCAGUUUCAUGAACGACUUGAAAAGAGCAAACAGACUGAUUAGCUCCUUAAGAGCAAGACCGGCCGCUUAACACUGGAUUAAAAUAAUGCAAUCCCAUUAAAUGCUACCUGCCUCAGUCGGGUCGUGGCCGACUUGUGCUUUCUACUUGCAUAUCCUGUUUACAAGAAGAAUGCCACAACAACAACAACAAACAACAACUCUGAAUCAGUGCAGCUGAUAUUGUCACCGUGUGCGAGCACUGGAGAAGGUUACUGAUGGACCACCAGCUAAGCCAGUGUUUUGUGAAUUUAACAAACCGUGGAAUGCCAAAAUCAACUCCAGAGUGACAAACUCUGACCUGGGACACUUUGUCUGUUCUGAAAGUUACAAAAAAAAUCCACAUUAACGUUUCGGCUCACACGUUACGCUCAUGCACCUCAUUAUAUAACACAAGGCUGAACUAUAAAGAGUGUUGAGCUGACCAGAUAGUGAAAACUGUACAAUCUCUGCCUGCUGCUCUGACUGCAAUUAAUGACAAACCAGCAAA